UUGGAUAAAUAUGUAUCAUCUAUACAGUGGGUUCCUGAGGCCCUCCGGGAGGGAAAGAAAGUACGUAUGUCGCGAAAUGAGAUUCUACAAAAGACUGGUGAAUUGCUAUCACUAAGAUACCAAAUUAAUCUAGCUUCUGAUCUUCUAAUUAUACCGGAUUUCUUUUGGGAUCGAGAUAAUUUGGAACAAUUAUACAUUAAUCUUUGCACAUAUCUUGAUAUGAAUGGUAGAACUAAGGUAAUGAAUGAAAAACUAAAUCACUGUACUGAGUUGGCGGAAUUACUAAGGACACAUCUUAGCGAGAAACAUUCUCUCAGAUUAGAAUGGGGCAUUAUCGGUUUAAUUGCAAUUGAGGUACCAAAAGAUUGCAAUAGAUUAUAG